CCAACACUCUAUAUGUAUGCUUCUCUAUGGCUUUCGUCGCUUUAUCUUUGCUGCUCGUUGGUGUGACAGUGUUGCUCUACGUAUUUUGGAAGUUUAGUAAAGCUGAUGCAGACAUUAGUCUCCUCUUGAAGCCAACCCCAAAGAGAGAUCACUUCAAAGACAAAGUUGUGUGGAUUACCGGUGCAUCUUCAGGCAUUGGUGAGGGUGUGGCUAAGAUACUUGCUAGGCAAGGAGCUCGACUCAUUAUUUCAUCAAGAAACAGAGAAAAGCUAGAAAACGUUCAGAUGUCAUUGAACAAUGGACACAAUGUUAAGAUUUUGGUAGUUGAUUUAUCGAAACUUGAAAAUCCUACGGACGUGGUCAAGCAGGCAUGGGGCCUGUAUGGACACAUCGAUGUACUGGUUAACAGUGCAGGCAUCUCUUGUCGCGUUCCAGUCGAAGAGGUGACAGACGAGUUGUUAAGGACUGUGAUGGAGGUUGACUUCUUUGGGCAGAUUGCACUUACUCAGGCUGUUUUACCAGGAAUGAUGGAACGUGGGUGUGGUCAGAUUGUGAGUGUUGUGUCUAUUCUUGCAAAGUUGGAUUUUCCAUUGAGGGCGCCGCUUACAGCAGCUAAACAUGCCAUGAAUGGAUAUAUGUCUGCUCUGAGAGUUGAUAUGGUUGGGAAUGGCAUUUCUGUGUGUAGCAUAAUGCCUGGUCCUGUUAGUACAAAUCUCAGUAAGAAUGCUCUUCUUGCUGAUGGAAGGGCAUUUGGACAGACGGACAACACAAUUUCUACUGGGAUGAAAGUUGAGAGAUGUGCUGAGCUAAUUAUCAAGGCAAUGGCAUCUAAUGUGGAAGAGGCUUGGAUAUGCACACAGCCUAACUUAUUCAUCAUGUAUGCUUCACAAUAUGCUCCAACUUUGCUGAAAUGGAUGAUAAGGGAGAAGCACGUGAAGGCAGCACGAAGCCGUCUGAAAUCUGAUCUACAACAGUCAGUCAUGGCACCAUAACUGUCACUAUUAGCUAAUGGAUAAUUUACAAUGUCUAAUGAUUGAUUUGGUACACAUGCAAUUGAGAGCUCGUGUCACUGUCAACAGAUAACUGUAAUACCCAUAUUUCGGAGGGUCACAAAUUUGCUUAUGAGUUAUCUAUAAGGAUUGUCACCAGAGCUUGUCACUAAAUGUCAA